AAAUGCGGCCCGCCUAACGGGACGGGGAGGGCUACUGGACUCGGCUCGCCGUCGCCGCCGAGCUCCGUGGUAGUUGAAGUUCGCAGGCGGGAGAGGUUCCAGCUAUGCUCGAGGAGCCGCCGCCGCCGCCCGCCGUGGCAGGUGAGGAGGAACGAACUUGCCACGGCGUAUUCCUGGAGUUCAUGACCAAGGUGGCUCGGUUCGAGGAGCUAGCUGAAUCUGGGAAGCGAUUGCUUGUCAGAUUCCAUCAGGAGCUAGAGAAUUUUCGAAGGCCACAAAUUCCUGCCGGGUCGGAUGUCAUGAGUGCGAUACUUAAAUCUAACUGCACUGGCAGAAUGCGGUCCUACCUUGAAGCUGGCUGCAGGCUUCACUGCCAGAACAUUUCAAACAUAAAUCAGUUACGUUCGUGUGAAGAUGGACUUAAAGAUCAUAUAAACGAAGUUAAGACACUGCUUGAAGAGCUCGAAUGUCUAGUCAAGGAUGUCCAUGGCGUUACACAAACGGCCAGUUUAAGUGCUCUGGAAACUUUGGACAAUCCUUCCAUUGAUAACAAGCUGAACAAUGAAACUUGCUUCAUGGAGGAGGAGGACAAAAGUGCAGAUCAAUUGGAAACUUCGGACAGUCCUUCCAUUGGUAACAAGCUGAACAAUGAAACUUGCUUCAUGGAGGAGGAGGAUAAAAGUGCAGAUCAAUUGGACAGAGAUGUAUCGUUCGUUACAGUGAUGAUCAUUGUUUGUAACAUGUUGAAGCUUGACUAUAUGAUGCAGGAAAAGAUUGUCAGUGCAUUAUCUCUUAAAACACCAUCAUCGCAGCUCGAGGGAUACUGCCUUAUGUGGGAUUUGCGCCCAUACAUUGACGACAAUGUGAUGAAUCUCGCAUGGAAAAUGUGUCCAUGAAACUUUGGCAUUCGUGGUAACAGCGAUUCAAGGGGGUGGAACAAGUUGUACGUUAUGUUUGCGAAAAUGUGCGCAAGUUGUUUGAGCGACUGAGCGUUGAGUCUCGGAGUUGUUUACCAACUGGGGAGAUGGAUGCCCCAAGAUUGCCUUUUGCAUCGAAGAUAGUUUGUUCAUGUGUUGCCAGAAUAUUCAUUCUACAGGAUGUAUGUAGAUGGAUUGUGACAUGUGGGUGUUCAUGAUUGUGGUGUGGACAAACUGAGUGGUAGUCUCUAUCUCUUCUCUACUAUUAUAAAGUGUAAGUUUCAUCUGUC